GACAGUUCGUAUGGACCUUCCCAACAACCUAAUUUCUAUCGGAAAUCAAACAUACCACAUUUAUUUCUGCAAUGUCACGUGAUUGACUGCUCGCAGUUCUCGAACAGUUCCCUUAUUAUUGACGGUAAAUCACUGAGGUGUCACAAGAUGUCUUUAGGGAAAUCUUUAGGGGACACCAGGAUCCGAAGUGGAAUCGGAAGCUCGUAUUUUCUGGGAUCUGGCUAUCGAUGUAGGAGCUUGGGUUCAUUGGAGCGCAGCAGACAAGAGAGAACGUAGUCGUUACAGGAGUAUUAAACAUUCGGCCACGACGAGGACUGGCUAUUGAUCGAGGGUUGAUCGAGCCUGGCACACCACGCUGUCUCCUAGAACACCAGAGAGCCUAUCGUCUGCUGCAAGCGCCUAGCAUCCAAGACAGCCGCGCACAGCCAACACGCACACUUGUUGGGGAAACUAUUGAGAAACACAGAUACCGGAUUUUUAAGUCCGAUUCUUUACAAACGCGUGUGAAGAUGAGAUGAAGUUGUGAGAGAUUCGAAGAAUUUGAUGUCAAAUGAAAUCUGGGCAGUCGAAAAGAUUCAAUAGUUAGGUUAGGGUAUCGCUAAGCGCUCACUUUAUUGAGGACCAAUAUAGGAUCCUUCAUAGGUUUCCAUCGUGCCAUGGGGAGAAUUUUUUAUUGAAGUUCCGAAAAUGUUAAAACCAUAAAAGAUUUGAAAUUCUUGAUUGGAAAUCUUAAAACAUGGAAAACGACACGGUGAUUUCAGUGAACGAUUCCCUGACAGAAGGGAACUUUUCCGUGCCGAUGUUCUACACUGCGCCGUACAGGAUCGUCGGUGUGUUCUUUGCUUCUGUCAUUUUUAUCGUCGGAUUACUAGGGAAUAUUUUGGUGGUAAUUGUUGUCGCUAGAACACGUACCAUGCACACACCGACAAACUGCUACCUUUUGAGUCUGGCUGUUGCUGAUUGUAUUGUUCUUAUCUCGGCUACAUUGCCCUCGAUUCCGGAAUACUUCUUCCAGAUAGAUCAGUGGAUAUGGGGCAGUGGUAUGUGUCCUAUUCUAGUGUUUCUUCAGUACCUUGGAUCGUCUGCUUCGGCUUUAUCCAUAACUGCCUUCACAGUGGAGCGAUAUAUCGCAAUAUGCCAUCCCAUGAAAGCCCAGACAAUGUGCACUGUAAAAAGAGCAAAACGUAUAAUAGCAGCCCUGUGGCUGUUCGCUAUUGUUUACUGUGCCCCGUGGAUGGCCCUAACUUCAAUUAAGUACACAGUAUAUGAGGACGGGACCCACAUCCAGCGAUGUGGAUUCCUUAAACAACGAGGCUCCUACGUCGUGUAUUACAUGUCCGAUUUAAUAGUGUUUUACGUCAUCCCUCUCAUGAUAACAACAGUCCUGUACGGUCUCAUAGCCCGUAUCCUUCUCUCCAACACCAUCCCUAAAACCCCGGGCGGUGGAGCAAACGGGGUCAAAACGAAUAACAAAAAGAUCACAUCGUCCAGAAAUCAGGUGAUCCGUAUGCUAGCGGUGGUAGUCACGCUGUUCGCCACGCUCUGGAUGCCGUAUCGCCUCAUGGUCGUCUACAACUCUUUCGCUAAAGAGAGAUACCUGGACUUGUGGUUCAUCUUAUUUUGUCGGGUCAUGAUUUAUAUCAACAGUGCCAUUAACCCCAUUCUUUACAACGCCAUGUCUGUUAAAUUUCGACGUGCCUUCAGGAAAAUAUUACGCUGUGGUGUUCGGGAUCGUGACAUGAAGUACCUGUACAGCGAAGUGGCUACUGACACCAAUACAGCGUAUCCUAAAAAGCUGGCUGUAAAGGCUAGUAACGGCUUGAACUCGAACAACAGUGCGCUGUAAGUGAUUGUGUUCUGGCUGUACAUCUAGGUUCAGAAAAUGGCUCACAGAUGCCGAUGGGUAAUAUAUCGGUGCAUGUACAGCUUUCCAUGUUUGCUCCUUUCAUUUAGAGGAGGUAAGAAAAAUUAAAAUCGGUUUUUGCCUUGAGCAACGAAUUGUCUGCAAUAGCAGUGCAUCGAGAACACAGAUUGACUCUGGGGUGGGGUGUGAGGUUUUUGGGCAUUGUGAUGCGAUGUCUACUGUGAAAUGAAUGGUCAACGGAGAAACAUGCAUGGUUUCGCCAUUACAUUGUGUGCUCAACAAACAUUGUGCGGGUCCAGCAGUUCAUUAAAGACACAAAAAUGGACUGUUAGAUGUCAAUACUUUCGGCAGCAUCGAGAUCAGCUGUCAUACGUAAAGAAGACCUUAUUUGAUGCUUGAAAGUCCUUAGCCAUUAUUCAAAGACGAUUCGCCGGACAUUGAAGAGAGAUGCCGCAAACAACAGCCAACCGUAGAGCUGCUCUGGAGAAGUGAAGGGAGAUGUCCUUUCAUGACCACUUGCUCGUAAACUGAUCGGCCAAAGCUAAUACCUGCCCCUGGAGGUUCAUCUAUUGACAAGAACUCAAUCCCAUCGAGCGCCCUUCGACGCAAUAACGUUUUACCAGCGCUCUAUACGGCUAGUCCACUGUGCCUCGAUCGUAGCGAGUGACCUUUGCACGUGACAUCUCCGUGGAGGUUUGGGAUUCUCUGAUGUUAUGAAGAAGGCAUGGAACGUUAUCCGUGUGAUUCCUGCUUGUUAAAGAGUCUUGUCUAUGGAGUUGUUAGUCACCUGCUGUUUUGACAUUUGGACAGUCAGCAUCAUGGACAUAUCAAUGUAUUAAAUAUAUCUUGUGUCAUGUAAAACGGGUUAGCCUAUAUGUUUUUUUUUUUGUUAUCACUGCUAUAAGGUGUUUCUUAAUUAAGUGCACAGCAACUGAAUCCGACGCUUGCUAGGAAUCAUGGUUACCUAACAAACUCUGAAGAAUGUGCAAUAUAUGUACGAUUAUCCACUGGUAUUCCAAGAUUCAUGCAUUUUGAACAAUUCCAGCAAAAAUAACAACGCUCUGCUGGGGAACUAAUGAUAUUUUCACAAAUUUCAAAUUAAAUCCUUAGCAGGUCAAAGUAUUGCCCAGUUGCCGAUUAUAGAUCUGUAAUAAAAUGUAUUUUCAGCCCUUCUGUAUUCCUUCAAUCAAACUCGCGUUUUCUCAGUUUGGAAAACGAAGAAGGCUCUUUCAGUCAUUUGUGAAUUGAAACGACGCUCCUGAUUGGUUCUAGGAUUUUCUACUUUGGGGUGGUUUAUAAAUCCCUGAUAAAAUGAGAUGAUAAAAUACUUCCAUGAAGGAAACGUAUGAAGGAAAUAUUUGCUCCAAUCAGUUUAAAUUCACUACGUUUUGCCAGCACUCACUAAACAUUGGCCAUAAGUACAUUAAACGUCCCGUCCUCCGGCAGAGAGCACGUCCGUUUUUCGGGCAUACAGUAUAUUCAAAACAUUUCACUGCUCAAGUCAAACCUUUUUUCAACUUACUUACCAUAAUCUUGCUUUGUCUAAAAUCUGUUUGUGCAUACCUUGUCCAGUAUGUUUUUGUCCAGAAUGUAUGUUCGCUUAUAUACACGCUACAAUUACCACCCAAUCUGCAUCAAGGUAGAGAAUGCCUAUAUGGAACUGUACAAGAUUAUAUCAGUCGUGAUUUUUACCCUGGGUUAAAAACCACAUGGCAAAACUGAAGGACUACCCACUGCUAAUUUUAUAUAUUUUUAACUAUUUAACGUAUUGUUAUAAUCUUACCAAUUGUCAGUUAGAAUUUCCACAACUCUAAAACACUCCAAAUACUAGGUCAUGACCAAAUAAAAUGGGAAUCAAAAUUGACAUGUUGGGUAGCCAUUGUGGAUACAUGGUGUACACCUUUCCAGCCAUAAAUCACAGCUGAUGUUUAAAGCUUUCAAAAAGAGUUAAAAAUAAUGUGUGUCCUACCUUUUUCUCAACAAAAUUCUUCAAAAGCAAUUAUAUUAUUAUAUAUUAAGGUGUGUUUCUGCGAUUUGCACAGCUUUUUAACAUUACCUUUCACCGCCUAAAAUCCAUUGGAAAUACAACAAAGAUCCUAAGGUAGCCAUUGAGAGAUGAUUUCAAAGAAAAUAUCUAUUGUCAAAUUGUUCCUUAGGCAAAAAGGGGAAAUUCUUAUAGAAAGCACUAUUACUUAGAUGUGCUCCAAAAGAACUAUCCUAUUUUAUGCUAAUUUAAAUCCCUUUUAUGGCACAGCAAACGUAAGUAAGUAAGACAAAUAAAAUAAUUUGCGAACGUUUUGCACGGCGCGUUUACUGGCAUCUAUUCUUCUUUACAUGGUUAUGUUCACUUUGAUCAAAUCAUUACAUGCCUUCCUAUUGUAUCUUCUUGUCAUCUAAUCAUUCUUUUGACUGCUUUUCAUUUGAUUAGCAAUACUGAUUUUAACUUCAUAACCAAAACCGAUUCUAAAUUGAUUGCCACAAACCGUUCCGUUCUAUUCCAGCAAACUCGAUCACUUCGUGCAGAAUAGAAUUACAUCACAGAUGACAUAACGAAGAGGCAGAGAGGAAAUGUUAGUGCGGUCUUUAUGACGAAGACUAGAGGAAAUAAUCAAAUAAAAUCCAAUCAAUAAGUGAUAACCAUCAUGUCAUAAACGCAUUACUGAUAACAAGGCUUAAUUCAUUUACCGCGUCCAUAUUCUACCCGUUAGCAGUGAACACUGGGCUAGAGAAUUCUAUCCGACAAUUGAUUUUACGUUCACAAUGCAGUUAGUACCAACUACACAAGCAGUACAUACGCGUACAUCUGUCACAAAAUUUGCACAUUCAUUUAUCAAGAAACAAAAUCAUUUAACUGAACAGGUGAACUGAAUGUUAACGAAUGAGUAACUGGCUUCGAUGAAGAUUACACAAUUCGAACGAAAUAUUGACGCAUGUGCAGCGUUUAUGUAACAAAAAAGUAGCCUAACAAUAUAUUCAAAGUGAUAUUAACACUUGUUAUUUGGUGAAUCCCGUAUGUUUUUAAAGGGAUACUUUCAAGGUUUUCGAGGAUGGAUCUGCUUGAUGUCUAUCACUGAUAUAUAUUUUUAUGCAUUUAUAAAAAUUCUUAUUUUACACCUUGGUCCCUGAUCUUGAAUCAAGCUUUAUAAAGGAAUAAUGUUUCAUUUGAACUUACAGAAGAUUGCUGACAUUGUCUACAAAUUGCCGUACUUUUCUUUAACUCGUUCAAUAGAUAAGAGAUGAUUAUUUAGACGAGGCAACCAGUUAAAAGAGAGAAAUCAAUGGAUCCAUACAUUUUAACAGGGUGAUAAUUUUUAAGCAGGCAAAGGAUUUUGCUGUUGUGCAUGGUGUCAACAAUAACCCGUUACUUCAUGUCGUGGGAUUGCACGGAAUGUGAUCUUCACUUAAUGGUAUAAUAACAUGUUAAAGCUGUAACUGUUUCGAAUAGUUUUCCGCAUGCCCAAACAUAAGAACUACGUUCAGCCAUACAGAGAACAGGGGCCAAAUUCACACAGCCCUUUUUUGGGCUAAAGUCCAAAAAUGUAUUCUUCUUUACAAAACCAAAUGUUUCAAGCUGGGUGCUAAUAAACAUAGCUCGGGUUUUACUUC